UCGUUUACCUCAGAACGAAAAUGAACUUGGAAAACAAAGUUGGGAAAAUAUUUGUUUAAAAAAUUAAAAUAAAGGCAAAAUGAAGUUUGACAACAUACUAAGGAGAAUUGGGGAAAAGGCAAGGUUAGGGGGAGACGUUAUCAGCUCGUUGUCUGUAGAACCCGCAGCCCUGUUAAUGAUGACUUCGACCCUUAUGAGCCACCUCGUUUUCAUUAAUUUCCUGAUGGACCGGAUUUGCAGAACUGACCUCGCCCUUGGGGAUGGAGUGUGCGACUCCUUAGCGGCAGUAAAUGGCAGUUAUCGCGAAGAAGAGUUGGAAAUUCAAAUGCAAGCAGCAACAUUUCGCAGUUAUCGGAGUCUACUGGAGAACUCGUUUCCAAUUCUGGUUCUGCUCUUCUUAGGCGCCUGGAGUGACCUUCACGGUAGAAAGGUGCCAAUGCUGCUGGGAAUUUCGUCCGUGAUUGUGCAGGAUUUAUUGAUGGUGGUGUGCGCUUUGUCAGAAGGAAUCGGCGGAUUGACGCUGUCGCUGAUUGUCGUAAUUCCUGGUUGUUGUACGGGCUCGCUCAAAACGUUUGGCAUGGCAGCUUAUAGUCACAUUUCGGACACUUCGACGCACUCCCUGCGCACGGUUCGCUUUGGACUUCUGUCGGCUGCCUCCUCGCUCGGAGUACCGCUAGGUUUCGCCCUUGGAGGAAGAUUGCUCAAGGCGAAAAUAGGUUUCCCGGCAGCCUUUCUGGUUUCUGCGACACUCUCGGUCGUGGCCGUCAUCAUUGUAUUUUUCAGGGUGGACAGUUCGAAACCCAAAGUUGUCAAAGAGGAAGGCAGCGAGGACCACGGGAAAGAAAAUACCGGAGCUAGCGUCAAUGUUCUCUCUCGACUUGUCUUACUUGUCAAGGGAAUGAUCAGCGUACUUGUUAAAAGGCGGCCGGAGAGUGGUCGGACCAAACUGUGGCUUUUACUUCUCGUUUACAUUUGUGUAGCUGUUCCCAUUCAUGGUGAGUUCGGAAUAAUGUAUCUUUUCUUGAGGGCAAGGCUGGGUUGGGAUUCUGGUGAUUACGGCGUCUUUUCCAUCUACAAUUCACUCAUAUCCGGAUUAGGAGUUGUUUUGUCCAUGGGGAUUUUUUCUCACUGGGCACAACUGCCCGACCCUGUGGUUGGAUUCAUUGCUGGAAUUGGUCAGUUCUCGGCAUGUUUCGUCUAUGUCUUUGCAACUACAUCUGGUCUCAUGUACUUGGCCCCCGCAAUUGACAUGAUGAACGGCACGAUGUGGGUGGUGGCCAAAGCGAUGGUCUCAAAAGUGGUUGGAGUUGAAGAGUAUGGGCGAACUUUCACUGUUUUCGGUCUGAUUUCCGCCCUCGUCCCCCUCGCGGCUGACCCAGCCUACGCGUUCCUCUACAAGGCCACGGUCAGCUCCUCCCUCCCAGGAGCCGUGUUCCUCCUCUCCGCUGCCCUUACCAUCCCGCCACAGACUAUUUACGCUGCAUUUUCGUGGAGGACGAUAGGCUGGAGUUCGUGGGACAUUGAGACAACCACAUCUUGUAAACCAUGAUUAUUUAUACAAAGGUUAAAAACCAAGGAAUAUCAUGGGGCGAAUUUUAUACGCUAUUAAUAUUAAUAAGGUUAAUGUGAUUUGAUAUUAUAAUACAUGCAGCAAAAUUAUCUAAAUAGCAGACCAUCCACUAAAUACUUGGGAGACCUUGUUUAUUACUUCAUUCUUAUCCUACUUUAAUUUGUACUUUGAACUCCGUGACUAAAUUCUAUAAAAAUUGAUUCAUAUGCAAAUAGAA